AUGUAUCGGAAGUUGUCUAAGUUAGAACACUCGGAAAUAAAACAACUUCUUACAGAAGCUAAUAUAGAUGUUGCAAAGCAUUACGCAACAAACAAAAAAGCACUCGCUGACAUCCUCAAUGACUAUAAUGGUGCAAUAAGUUAUGAUAGAAUUCAUGAGUUCAUAAAGCCGCAACGCGGCGAGGACGAAGUCCAUGCAAGAGCAUUUCCUUUAAAUGACGUUGCUAUUGACUUAUAUCAUAGACAUUCAGUACCUCAUGAAGUAAGAAGAGAAAUGUUUGACAUAACAAAUGCAAACGUUGGUGAAACAAGAAGAAGAGACGACACACUGAAACAACAGAAAAGAGAGAUGUUUAAGAGCGCUAUAGAACAAGUUCGCAAAGCUAACGAUGUCCUUCGUUCCAUUGACGACAAACCAAAAGAAGGUGAGAGAUGGUUAAAGAAAGAUGAAGAGAAUAGGAAGAGGAAUGUUAAGACAGGCAAUAGACUCAUUGACUUUAACAUCGAAGCUUUAGAUGAACCAAACAGAGACUACUUACACAAACAUUUCGGUAAGGUUUUCAUGAGACUCUUAGAGAAGAUUAAAAUAAACUCCCAACAAAGAUGGAUGGUAUGUUAUAAACUUGGUGGAAAGUAUGAAUGUUCUACGUUAAACCUCAAUAAUAUUGGAACAUUACUACAUCAGCUCUUGAAGGAGAACUUUAUAUCAGAGAUAGAAGCAAAUGCUGCAGGUAUUGUUGAAAUGCACUAUGACUUCUUCUUGACAAACAUAAAGAAUCUUACUGAA